AUGGAGAGUCUCACCAUCGAAGGCUCCGCGCCCGCCAACUCAGAAAGCGACUGGGGCGUAUGUGAGGGCGCGGGCACGGGCGAUUACACCGGGGAGCCGAUUACGCAACCCAGCAAGGGUCCUAGUCUAGUGAUGGUGCACGAUUCAUUGUGGCCAGAGGAAGACAAUUCGGAGACGAAGCAGGAGGAAUUCCGAUGCACUGUUCACCACGAGAGGGGCCGAUGCUCCAAGGGAAUUUGCAAUGAGUACAAGGCAUUUCUGAAGAAGAAUAAACUCAAGGGUGGAGUGGUGGAGAAGGAGCGCAGCCCGGCCGAUAGAGGUCCGUGGAGGAGUCGGGGUCAGAGCAGAGAUAGUGCAGCAAGUGGUGCGUGUUCACGCUUCAGCUUGGUGCCUGUAUUCGGGCCCUGUUUCGUGGUCAUGGGCGUAAGUAUCGACCUUUCUGUGUUUCGCAGGUGUGUCUUUCGGCAAUCAUCCCGGUAA